GUCCCUCGGACACAGCGGAUCACCGACCACGGAAAGAGCCGAAGAUGUCGGCUCGGUCCUGUGAUCAGCUGUGUCCAAUCACAGCUGAUCACAUGUGACAUGUACACUGAUCAUCAGUGUGCCCUGAUAAUCAGUGUGGCCCCAGCAGUGCCACCUGUCCAUCAGUGCCUCGUGCCAGUGCCCAUCAGUGACACAUCAAUGCCACAUAUCAGUGCACACCAGUGCACAUCAAUGCCACAUAUCAGUGCCCAUCUGAGCUGCCUAUCAGUGCCGCCAGUCAGUGCCUAUUAGUGCCAGUCAGUGCCACCUAUCAGUGCUAUGUAUCGGUGCCGCCUGUCAGUGCCCAUCAGUGCCGCCUGUCAGUGUCCAUCAGUG